AUGUCUCGUCUGCGCCAGGCCUUACAGAGAGUUCUGGGUGUGACUCCGUCCGGUCCCUUGCGGUCUAGGACCAUUGACACCAAUUUCUCCAUUCUAAAAGAGGGAGACCGGGUCAUUCUACAUGGCAAGCAGCCUUCAUUAACUAAGCCUUUGAAGAGGGGAGAUACACUCCAGACCCAUAAAGGGGCUCUGAAUCAUGACAGCAUCAUUGGGAAACGAGUUUGGGACACAGUGCAUUCACGCAAAGGCCAACCGAUCCGAGUCAGCCUCCCAACGCUAGAAGAAUACGUCGCCCUGACUCCCCGUUUGGUUACGCCAAUUUAUCCACAAGAUGCCAAUUUGAUUGCAUCGCUCCUCGAUAUCCACGUCAAUACCCCUGCCGCCGGCGAAACACAACCCCCCUGGAAAUUUUGGAGCCAUGGAUCCCUAACACUACACCUGGCGCGAGCCAUUCACGCCGCGAAUACGACUCCACCACCGUCGCCGAAACGAUCACAGCUUAAGUUGCUAGAAGGGCGAGCUAUGAGGCCGGAUGAAAAGGACGCAGAGAAAACAGAGAAAAAAGAGAAACCCACGGAGCCAAUUGCGGACCCGGCGCAGGAGGAAUGGGACGCGUGGCGUGCGCAGCGCAAUGCCAUCAUUCACACCGUGGACGUCUCGGCGAAGUUUUCUGCUCUGGCUGAGAAGAACGUUAGGGGAUUCCGCCGUGGGAUGUACGCAGGCGACGUUGACUUCUACGUGGGUCCCGUCGAGACCUGGAUUGCUCAGCAAAAGGAGCUGCGCAAGAAAUCUGGGCUGGCUUCGUUGGCUGGGGGAAACACCGUUGAGCCAUUCGUGUCACAUGUCAUUUUGGAUAUGCCUUCCUCCAACCUGAGGAUUCCCCAUGUUACGCCGAUCUUGAAACGGGAUGGUCUCCUGGUGGUGUUUAUGCCUAGCAUCACCCAGAUUGGCGAGUGCUUGCAAAUGAUCAAGGACCAGAAAUUGCCCCUCGUUCAGGAGAAGGUAAUCGAGCUUGGCAAUGGAAUCAGUGGUGGUCGCUUGUGGGAUGUGCGUUUUGCGACUAAGAAGUCUGGCGCUGACCCAUCAUCUUGGGCUGCUUCGGACGCUGAAGGUGCUGCUCCUACUGUUGAAGGCGAAGAUCAGGCUAGCGUUUUGGACUCUUCCUCUGAGGUUUCCAUUCCCGAGGAAGCCCCCAAAGGAGAAUCUGUGCUCGUCUGUCGACCCAAGGUUGGAGUGCGCAUCCAGGGUGGUGGUUUUGUUGGAGUUUGGCGGCGAAUUGAAGACUCUACUCGCUGA